UGAGUAGAUUCAAUUAUUAUAGCCAGUCUGCAUAUGACAUGCCUUUUUAACCUAGAAUAAUUCUGGUCACUUGUCUUUGCACUUUUACUUGAGCAACAAUAUCCCUUUUGUAGCAAGUUGACCAGAAUGAAACACAGUAUUUUAGAUGAGGUCUUACUAAUGCAUUGUAAAGUUUUAACAUUACUUCCCUCGAUUUAAAUUUAACACUUUUUAUUAUAUAUCCGAGCAUUGUGUUGGCCUUUUUUGUAGUUUCCUCACAUUGUCUGUACGAAGACAAUUCUGAGUCAACAGAAACUCCUUGAACUUUUUCAUAGGAGGAGGAAGGAAAGUUCCUUGAUAUCUCGCUGCUUUCCGACAUCCCGGCCAGCCAGCUGAGAAAUAAAAAAUUGUACCCACUAGAGCUGUUCAAUAAAUUUAUGGAUGAAACUAAAGGUAAAAGGGAGUUCAGCUUUUAGCUUUCUUCCCAGAUUUCAUCUGAUGUAGUUUUAAGAAAAGCGACAGCAGUUUAUAUUGUUAUAAAAAAGAGAUUUUGUUUGAAAAAUAGCUUUUAAAUGGAUCAAGUCACUUUUAUAGCUUUUACUUUUGUUUUCUGUUAUUUAUUGUCAUGUUUUUAUUACACCCCCAUCGCUGCCACCACUGCCACUGCUUACUUAUACAAAAAGUGUAACAGAUCUAGAAUACAAUUCUUAUUCAACACGGAAAGCUCUAUAAUGUAGGCUUAAUCAUCCAACUUGUUAUAUAAAAUGGGUUUAUUAUAACAAUCAAAACUUGGGGUUUCUCUCAAAGGUGAUUUAUUUACUCACUUACCCAUUUAUAUUAUUGAGUGUAAUAAAAAAUACAGUGAAAUGAAGUCUGCGAAAAAUCAGGUUUAUAAAAUGAGGGCAGUAUGAAACACAUUUUUAAGUAGAGUUAUAAAUGCAUGGACUAGUUGACCAGAAAAGGUAUUAACAUGUAUAGGAUUAGGGUCCAUGUAUAGGAUUAGUAAAUCCUGCUUUGCUUUGAGUAUGUGGUUCAUGAAAAAAAUUACAAAUUUAGUUCUCAGUACUUAUUUUUUUUAGAUUUGCUCAACAAAAGCUGCCACACUUUGAAAAUCAGGCCCCAAAGCAACAACAGCAACAAAGGUUCUUCCCAAUUUGAAUCAGUAGCCAUAUUGCCAUUACUGAAGAAAAUGGUCUAAAAUGCCAACAUAUAUUCAUUGCAAGAUGUUGAUGAGGAGGUUAACCUUGCAAAAGAAAAGUGGGAAAAUGGUUUUGAUUGGACUCUUAAUUUUAACUACCAUCUGCUUGAUUAAUAUUCAAACAAAAGAAAGUGUUGAACAAUACAACAGGCUGGAGCUCAUGCAGGAGGAUGACAAUAAAAUCAACUGCACAAGAAUUAUUGAUGGCAAUGCUGAUGAGAUUGAGCAGGCUAAGCUUCAGGUGAUCACAGUUAAUUAUAAAAACAAACACAGACCAAAAAAUGAUCAAUACUAUAUUGCUCUUACCAGAAACUGUGGGGACUUCACAAAGGUCCGCAAGUACUUAACAUUUCCUCUCAGUGAAGAAGAAAAAGAAUUUCCUAUUGCAUAUUCAUUGGUUGUUCACCACAAAAUUGAUACAUUUGAAAGGCUUUUACGGUCCAUAUACACACCUCAGAAUUUUUAUUGUGUCCACGUUGACAAAAAAUCCCCAGAGUCCUUCUUGGCUGCUGUGAGAGGAAUUGCAGCUUGCUUUGAGAAUGUUUUUGUUGCCAGUCAGCAGGAAAGUGUUGUUUAUGCAAGCUGGAGCAGGGUACAGGCAGAUAUCAACUGCAUGAAAGACCUUCAGAGAAGGAGCUCGACGUGGAAGUACUUUAUCAACCUCUGUGGCCUGGAUUUCCCGCUAAAAACCAACCUGGAGAUAGUUAAAAUACUGAAGGGGCUGAAUGGGAGAAACAGCCUGGAAACUGAAACAAUGCCACCUCAUAAAGAGACAAGAUGGAAGAAACAUUAUGAAGUUGCUGAUGGCACAAUAAAAAAAACAAGCAUUGACAAGGCUCCUCCGCCCAUUGAAACUCCAGUGUUUGCAGGUGGGGCCUACAUAGUGGUGAGCAGGAGCUUCAUUGAACACAUAUUCAAAGACCAGAAAAUACUUAAAUUCAUGGACUGGGCUAAUGACACCUAUAGUCCUGAUGAGUUCUUAUGGGCAACACUGCAAAGAACUCCCGGUGUCCCUGGCUCUAUUCCAGUCAAUUCAAAGUAUGAUGUCACUGACAUGAACUCUGUGUCGAGGUUUGUUAAAUGGAGCUAUCAUGAAGGAAGCAUGUCCAAAGGAGCCAUGUACCCCCCAUGCGCUGGCGUGCAUGUAAGAUCAGUAUGUGUGUAUGGAGCAGGGGAUUUGAACCAUAUGCUGCAACAACAUCAUUUAUUUGCUAAUAAAUUUGAUACAGACGUGGACCCAAUUGCCAUUCAGUGCUUGGAAAAACAUUUAAGACAUACAGCAAUUGUUGAAGCUACUAAACGUUAGAAGCUUGUCUCAUUGGGGUUGAUUUUCAAAGCUUUUUUCCAAAGCAUACAUUAGUCAUUUUUUUCAAAAAGUCAAAAUUAAAAAAAAAAAAAAAAAAAAAAACCUUUCAAGUUACAAAAUAAGAAAUAAACUUAAGCUGCCUUGAAUGAAAUACCUGCUGCAUUUAUUUCUAGCAUUGUAACUUUUAACAGGUGUUUUUUCUGCUUUGAGUAAACUGAGUAAUUUACUCUUUGAAGUUAAAAUGCUUUGAAAAUCAGCCACAUUGUGUUUCAAGAGUUAUUAAAAUUAUUUCAAAUAUUGACUGUCGUGUUUUAAUAAUGUUUACUGAUCAUGCAAAUGCAUAAACCAAGAAUAACAUACAUGUCAUGGCUCCAGGGAUAUUGAUAAAAAGCAUUAGUAGGCCAUCUGUGGACCCAAAACCAGAAUCCGUUUGACAAAUGCAAUGUAAAAGUAUAAUUUAAUUUUAGCCUGGGCAUUGAUAAUAAUUACCUCUUAACAAAGAAAAUUUCACCACCACUGAGCUCUGCCUAAAGGCUUAAAUACAGAGAUCAGAUCAGGUUUGUCAAUUUUAGGAGACAGUUUUAAAGAGCACCUUAACUUAACGUAUGUACUUUUGAAUCACUUUCUAUCAUUGUCUAUUUUAGUUAGAAUGUCCUCUGUGGCCAUUUCUAUUUUAGUCAUAGGUCUGAAAUGUACAGUUAUAAAGAAACACAUGAAUAGAAAACAUUAUUUGCAUUUUAAAACCUGAUAUCCUUACUACUCUAGGUAAAAUACAUUUCUGUUUGCAAGUCAUGCCUUCCAGGAAUUCUGUUACUGCUUGACUUCCUGUUCAUUGGGUCUUCCUGGUCAAGAAUGCUACUGGUUGACAGAAUAUCAGUUGGGGAAGCAAAUGACUGGUUAUUGAAAGGAAAGAAGCCAGUGAAGGGGUCAAUGUUAUCUUCUAGGUGAAAUAACCCUAAAAGAGAGUCUAAAAGCAUGGCUUGCAAAUGGAGAUUUCUUUAACCUGGCAUACUACUAUAUAUUUUAAAAUAAAAUAUAU